AUGGAUACCCAAAUCGUCAUUUCGUUGCUGAUCCUCGCGUUUGUGAGCUGCGGUGUUGUGUACGACGUCGAACUGAGUCCUCAGGGGCGGAAGCUACACUCGAGGCGCUAUCGAUGGCGACGACUACAGAACUGGUUUCCCAUGGGUAUCGCCUAUGCUGCAUUCUACAUGGCCCGGUAUAACGUGGCUGCAGGAAACGUCUCGACAGUGCGCAAUCAACUUGGAUUUUCUUCAGUCUACAUGGGCUGGGUCCUCUCCGCAGGGUCCUGGGCAUACGCCAUCAGCUCUCCAUUCACCGGGCAGAUCACCGACCACAUCGGCGGGAGGAACGGCAUGAUCGUUGCCUGUGUUGGAGCAGCACUCUGUAACUUAGCACUCGGUGUGAUCUUCCUCUGUAACGGAUCCUUUCUUGUAAAGCAGAUCCUCUUCAUCCUGUUCUAUGCGGCGAACGUGCUCAUGCAAGGCUUUGGCACUAGUGCAGUUGUAAAGAUCAACGCCGCUUGGUAUUUGGCAAGUGAACGCGGAGUGUUUGCCGGGAUCUUCAACGUCAUGUUAACGAGCGGAUACUACUUGUCGCUGGGCACCGGACACACUAUUAUUGAGUCAUUGGGCUGGGCCUACGUGUUCAUCAUUCCUGGCGGUGCACUGCUCACAAUGUCGAUCGUAAUUCUGGCUUUCGUGAAGAGCACACCGGCCGAUACGAUGCCACCCAACUGUCUUCCGACGCAGAUCGCACACCAGGCCAUGUCAAGCGGUGAUAAGAUGGAAGAGGAGGUUCUCACUCCUAAGCAGCAGAUGAAGCAGCUUCUGAAGAGCUACACCUUUCUUGGAUACCUUUCUGCGUUAUUUUUCCUCUGCUGGGCUCGCGACGGGUUCCUCAAUUGGUUCCUCUCCUUCUUCGACGAUGUGCGUUCGGCACCGCUUACAUCGAGUGACACUGCUAUCAUCGGAGGUGCCUGGACUAUUGGGGGAUUCGUUGGUGGUAUCCUCUGUGGUUGGAUCAGUGAUGCUGUCUUCAAGUCGGACCGAAUCAAGCCGAUCUUCAUCUUCUCACUUCUUCAAGCUGUCGUACUUGGAAUCAUCUACUUCGUUAGUGCGACGUGCAGCGUGGUGGUACUCGGAGCUCUCACAUUCCUCUCAAGCGUAUUUAUCCUGGGUAACUACACGUUGCUGAGUUAUACGGUGCCUACGGAUCUACCCCAAGACAUCGCAGCUGGUGCUACGGGCAUUAUGCACGCUGUCGGGUACUUCUCGACUGGUCUCUCCAGUGCCGUUAUGGGCAACGUUAUCGAUGGCGCGGGGUACUUUGUAUGGGUGAUGUCGCUCAUUGUGGCAUCAGUGCUAUCCGGUGCGUUCGUCAAAUUAGGAUCUCACUUCUCGAAAUACAGCACACGACACAAGGCGGGGGCAUCUGAGCCGACGACUGAUGCAUCCGAGGAGUUGUCGAUCAGCUCAGAGUCGUUUGAUGGUGAUUUCACCAUGAUGGAGACCCCGAAGGCUGCAAACGCCUCACGAUCCGUUUGACAGUGUACUAGGGUAUGGAUUUGUGCUCUACUGGAACGAUUUUCACGGUCGUAGAACGCAAGGUUUUAUUCUUAAACUAUUCUAAUAAAAAUAAAACUGAAGCCAACUG